AUGUAUUUCCUCCAACUAAUAUCCGUGUUAAUCUCCAUGAAAGUUGGUCACGUCAGGUCUAGUCGACUAUUACAGCACAAUCACAACUAUAAUGAUGAUGGUUAUGUGAAAGCCGAACCCACACACCUCAUCGAAACCAUCCAGCGGCGAUACGAUAAACGAGUCCGCCCGUUCGCCGAAACCAAUCGGCCAGUCAUUGUGCAUAUGACUAUUGUAUUGGGCAUUCUUACGGAAGUGCGAGAAAACCAGCAAGUCGCCUCAUUCGUCAUAUCUCACGUACAAAAAUGGCGGGAUCCAAAAUUGGCGUGGAAUCCGGCGGAUCACUCCGGACUGACACAAGUCGUGAUGCCGAGAAGUUUGGUCAUGGACACGAAAGACAUGCUCACCGAUGAUCGAUACGAUGUCCGAAUCCAACACACCGGACAUGUCAAAGUGAAUUCCCCACAAUUUGUUAGUACCCUCUGUCGGAUAAAUAUCGAUUUAUUCCCGUUUGACACCCAAUUUUGUGCGAUUGCUCUGGCGAGCCCACUGCUCUCGGUAGAGGAGAUGGAUGUAAAUGCAACACAGCCACCAGUAGACUCUUAUUUUUCGGGAAACGCCGAGUGGCAAGUGAUGAACGUGACCGUCAAACAAAUGAAGUUCAUGGAAGAAGGCGAGUAUCGAGCGGAAGUUCACUACAUCCUCCAUUUGAAUCGCCGUCCCACCUACUAUAUUACCGUAAUCGUGGUGCCCACUUUUUUGAUCUCCGCGCUCUCGAUCCUCGGGAUUUUCUCUCCAGGAUCCAAUGACGGUCCACGGAAUGAGAAAGUGUCUCUGGGUCUCGGAUCCCUUCUGGCUAUGACAGUACUCCUGGACAUUGUCGCCGGCGCCAUGCCGAAAUCCGACGCGAUCCCCCUUCUCGGCUACUAUAUCAUGCUGGUUAUUCUACUAUGCGCCAUCGGAGUCGCCGUUUCGAUGGCUAUGUUAUCAAUGUCGAGAAGUUGUAUUCAAACGUCCAAAAUGCCACCACCCCACUAUUAUCGAUUACUUUUUCUGAAUGUUUGUCGGGUGGUGAAACAGAAUGGUGUGAAUAGUGGCGUCCCGAUGAACGAGAAACCUACUACGAUCACUCCACGAUUCCCCGACUUGAUAUCAAUCUACAACCAACUCAUCGAAGUUGCCAGAGCCCAACGGACGUAUAGGGAAAGGAUUGAGAAGCAAAAGUGGCAGCAUAGGGUGGAAAUCGAAUGGAACAAGAUCUUUGCCCGUGUCGAUUUCUUCUUCUUAUUUCUAUUCGAAAUGUUCAAUGUGCUCGUUUUAGUCCUUUUCCUGCGCUACGCCUUUCUUCCGGUCCCUCCACUACCGGAUAAUUUCUCAAUUUGA